AUGAUGCUGAGAAACUAUCUAUACCCAGAGAGCGCCAGUACCGCCUCGAGCUCGAUUUCGGGCAUGUCGACUCGUCCAUGCGCACUCAUCGACACAGUCUGUGCCGCGGCCUCGAACAAUACUGGUCCGCGAGUCUCUGGGCUGCCCAACUUGUCUUUUCGCUGCAAGCCCAAGACAGCAGGCCCUCGCACGUCCAUGGAUACGCGUACCACCGGUAGCAGCAUCGAUGGCUACGCUUCGAGCACCCAAACGUCCGAAAGCCGCAGCUCAUCCUGCGGCAGCGACGACUUUGACAGCUCCUAUCAUCAGUUUAGCCGCACCGCGCACAUGGGCAUCCUCGAUCCCAGCUACAAACUCUUUGUCAGCCAGCAAGGCCAUGGAUCGUUGGUGUACAAGGUCAAGAGUGGUGUGGCCGUCAUUGCAGGUGACCCUCUCUGCUCACCCGCCCAGAUCCAGCCUCUUCUCGACGAGUUUCAACAGUUUCGCGGCAGUCGACGUCUCCGAAUCGUUUAUAUAGGAGCUAGCGCCGCCUUUGCAGAGCAGUCACAGAAAAAGGGCUGUGUGACGAUGCAUUUCGGGCGCGAACGCGUCUUGAAUCCUCUUACAAACCCGCUGCUCAAGAACAAGGCAGGAAAGCGCACAAUCAGCCAGUGCCGCCAGCUCUUGGACCCUGAUCGCGGCGGCGUCUCGGUUGGAAUCUACGCGCCCAGUGUUGAUGGAUAUGACGUAGCCCUCGAAACAGAGUUGCAAGCAGUCUACGAUGGUUGGCGCGCGCAGCGCGACACCUCCCGGCCACCCAAUGCACAAGCUUUUAUUACACAGUACGACCUAUUCUCCCGACCAGACAUUACAAUGUUUCUCUACACAUGCGACCGUGACGGUCAUGCCAACGGCAUUGCUGGUCUACGAUAUCUAGGCGCCAACAAUGGAUUCCAGUUGGAUCCUUGCGUUGCUUCCGAAGACGCCCCUCGCGGCAUCACCGAUCUUCUCGUCAUCUCCGCCAUGCAGCUGCUGCGCAGCAGCGGCGUCUCAUAUCUCAGCCUCGGGUUCGAACCAUAUGGGGAGCUCAAGGACGUCACUGGUGGCGAGGGCUUGCUCGCAAAGCUGACACGUGAUGGCUAUCGUCGCGUGAUGGGAUCAAUCAAGGCGUCAGGGAAGCAAACACACAACGACAAGCUGCGGCCAGACGAAGAGCAAGAGUCGGGACUGUACAUUGUCCUACCUCGAGGUCUAUUGCACAUGAGAGAGAUUAGCGCCUUGGUCAAGGUGGCCAAUGUCGAUGUCACAAGUAUAUUCUCUCGGAAACGGGUAUAG